AUGACGUGCGCUGACAGGCUGCAGUACCACCCCGGGCCUGUGGGGGUGGACCCUGACAUGCUGCAGUACCACCCCGGGCCUGUGGGGGUGGACCCUGACAUGCUGCAGUACCACCCCGGGCCUGUGGGGGUGGACCCUGACAUGCUGCAGUACCACCCCGGGCCUGUGGGGGUGGACCCUGACAUGCUGCAGUACCACCCCGGGCCUGUGGGGGUGGACCCUGACAGGCUGCAGUACCACCCCGGGCCUGUGGGGGUGGACCCUGACAUGCUGCAGUACCACCCCGGGCCUGUGGGGGUGGACCCUGACAUGCUGCAGUACCACCCCGGGCCUGUGGGGGUGGACCCUGACAUGCUGCAGUACCACCCCGGGCCUGUGGGGGUGGACCCUGACAUGCUGCAGUACCACCCCGGGCCUGUGGGGGUGGACCCUGACAUGCUGCAGUACCACCCCGGGCCUGUGGGGGUGGACCCUGACAUGCUGCAGUACCACCCCGGGCCUGUGGGGGUGGACCCUGACAUGCUGCAGUACCACCCCGGGCCUGUGGGGGUGGACCCAGAAGUGGAGUGCAGGUCUCACCCCUCCUAA